UCGGGCCGAAGAACGGAAGAUCCCGCCCGGCCGCGACCAUGCUUUCCAUGCCAAACGCCGCCGUUGCCACGGUAGCGAUGACGACGAUGGUGGCGUUGCUGUCGGGGGGCACGGCCGGCGCGGGGGCAGACGGACGAUCCGGCCGGUCCUGGAUGGCGAAGACCCAGACGGUGUCCCUCGAACUCAACCCCGACAUUUUGCGUCCCCCCGAAACCUUGCGGCCGCUGCAGAACCGCUCCAUCUCACCCUGGACCUACAACGUGUCGCAGGACGCGUGGGUGUUACCGCCGGUGUCGGAGGCCCGCUGCCUGCUGCGCGGCUGCCUGGACUCCAACGGCGCGGAGGACCUGAGGCUCAGGUCGCGGCCCAUCCUGCAUCAGGUUCUGCUGCUGCGCCGCCUCAAGUCGCCCGCCGGCGCCCCGCGCCAGAGCCGCCGCUACCGCUUGGAGCCCCGCCUCGUCGCCGUGGGCUGCACGUGCGUGAGGGAGCGGGAGCCCAGGCGGCCGCCGCCUUUCGGAUGA